CGCCCGCGCACCCCCUGGCCGCUGCAGGCCGGGCCGGCCGGGCUGGCGCUAGGUACGGGCAGGUGGCGGCGGAGCCCAACGACCCGGUCCGCGCCGAGGCUCUGCCGCCGGGGUGAGUCGGAUCGGAGGCGCUUAGAGCCGGAGAGGGGUUCGAAGAUGCUUCCUGAAGCCGCCCGUCGGCUCCUCGCGGCGGGCAGCCGGCCCCGGGUUCGCCGUGCUGUCUCCUCGGGCGGCGUGAGCGGGUAGGCGGCAAGGCCGCGCCGGAGGGGGAUGGCGGGCGCCGAGAGCGGGAGCAGCGCCUUCUCCAUGUCCUCGGUCGUGGCAGACUGGAGCUUGGUGUUCUGGACGCUGUGCUCGGUCAUCCUGCCGGUGCUGAUCACUCUGUGGUGCAGCUUCCACCGCUCCCGGCGGCAGAUGCUGAUACGUGACAUCUUUUGCAAGAGCAAGCACGACUGGCACUACACGGACCUCUUCGGGCAGCCCUCCUACUGCUGCGUGUGCGCGCAGCACAUCCUCCGCGGCACUUUCUGCAGCUGCUGCGGGCUGCGCGUCUGUGAGGGAUGCCUGAAGAAGGCCGACCAGCAUUUCCUCUGCAAGGAAAUCGUGAUGAGGGGCGAAGGUGGAGCCCACGGCUCUAUGCCGCACCACUGGAUCAGAGGCAACGUCCCACUCUGCAGCCACUGCAUGGUGUGCAAGCAGCAGUGCGGCACGCAGCCCAAGCUCUGCGAUUACAGAUGCGUGUGGUGUCAGUGCACUGCACACGAUGAAUGCAUGUUGGAUUGUUUAAAGAUUGAGGAGUGUACGUUUGGAGAAUUCAAAGACUUAAUUAUUCCACCGUACUACUUGUCUACAAUCAACCAGAUGCGUAAAGACAAAAGAACUGAUUAUGAAAAGGUAGUACCUUACUGCAGAGAACACUGGAUCCCAGUAAUCGUACUGGCAAAUACUCGUAGUGGGAACAACAUGGGUGAAACUCUACUAGGAGAAUUUAAAAUUCUGCUGAACCCUGUUCAGGUUUUUGAUCUAAGCAAAAUUACACCCGCUAAAGCACUCCAACUUUGUACCUUGCUGCCUUGCAAUGCUGUCAGGGUUCUUGUCUGUGGUGGGGAUGGUACAGUAGGCUGGGUCCUGGAUGCAAUCGAUGAAAUGAAGAUAAAGGGGCAAGAACGCUUUAUUCCACAAGUUGCAAUUUUACCUCUAGGAACAGGUAAUGACCUGUCCAAUACACUGGGCUGGGGCGCAGGUUAUGCUGGAGAGGUCCCUGUGGAACAGAUCUUACGAAAUGUGAUGGAGGCAGAUGGAAUCGUGCUAGACAGAUGGAAGGUUCAAGUAACAAGCAAAGGAUAUUACAAUUUAAGGAAACCAAAGGUAUUCACAAUGAACAACUACUUCUCUAUUGGACCUGAUGCUCUUAUGGCUUUAAAUUUCCAUGCCCAUCGUGAGAAGACUCCCUCUCUGUUUUCCAGCAGAAUUAUCAAUAAGGCUGUUUAUUUUUUUUAUGGAACCAAAGACUGCUUAGUACAAGAAUGUAAAGAUCUUAACAAGAAAGUUGAGCUAGAGUUGGAUGGCGAGAGAAUCGAGUUGCCCAAUUUGGAAGGCAUCAUCGUCCUGAAUAUUGGGUACUGGGGAGGUGGCUGUAGGCUGUGGGAAGGAAUGGGUGAUGAACCUUAUCCCUUGGCAAGACACGAUGAUGGACUUCUGGAAGUUGUUGGAGUUCAUGGUUCCUUCCACUGUGCUCAGAUUCAGGUGAAACUAGCAAAUCCUGUUCGUCUAGGGCAGGCACAUACAGUGAGGCUGAUCUUGAAGAGUUCAAAGAUGCCAAUGCAGGUGGACGGAGAGCCGUGGGCUCAGGGGCCAUGCACUGUUACCAUAACUCAUAAGACACAUGCACUGAUGUUGUAUCAUUCGGGUGAGCAAACAGACGACGACGCAUCCAGCGUGUCUGAGCAAGAGCACGUGAGAGAACAGACAGAUGAAGAUGUAUAGAUUUUGUGGGAUGCAACAUAAUACAGUGAAGAACUUCAACCCGUUAUAAACACUGAGAAUGCUUAAUCUAGCUUAAGGAUUAUGCCGUAAGGUUCAUACUUGUGAAUUAAUUAGGGUUGAGGAAACCAUGCUUUCACAUUCAUGAACAUUUUCACAGCUGAAUUUCCACAACUGUUUUGCCUUUUAGACUGGCGGUGGUACCCAGCCUCUCCAGUUGGAGGAGUUAGUUACUGUAAUGGCAGGGAAGGGCCAGAUGCUGCAGUUCUUCCUUGCUGUAGAAUAAGAUCUUCUGCACACAUGCAGUAUUGCAUGCAAAAGGUUGGAUACCCUUGGAAAGGAGAACAACUGGAAGUUCAGCCUUCUUCCACCUGUUCUUUUUCCCAGGAUCAGGUCCAGAACAGGAAACCAGAAUAAGUAGAAUGUGAGCUGUUGUUUCUGAUGACAGCCUGCAUCUGGCUGCCAUCUCUUCUUGGGAGCAGGAUGAAUUCCUUUUGGUGUACCUCCUUGUGCAGUACAUAUCUUAUAGAAUUGAGUGGGAGAGUGGAGGACGUGGGGGCUCUUGGGAAGGCAAUUUGCAAGUAAGAUGUUUUUGGACCAAAGGUUUGUGCGAAGGGUAUGUUAGCAAAUGACUCUGUUAGUGGCUUUGUAAGCCCGAAUACCCAAAACACAACUUAAAAAUAGUUGUACCGUGACUUGCACUGAAUGAUCCUCUGACUGACUUUGCUUCAGUUCAAUGAAAGAUUAAUUCUAGCUUUUGUAAAUAGCAAUGUAUUUUAGUUCUUAAGGAGGCUUGUUGGAGGAAAACUUGACAAAGGAGCUGUCUGUUUUAACUGUGUAUCAGAUGGUUUUAAGGAAAUAAUGAUGGCUGGCAAAUGUUUAGGGUUUUUUUAAGAGGCUUUUUAAAGAUCUUGCUUUGCAAUUACCUGAGAACAAUUGAUAGCAAGUCCAUCUGUUAACUGUUUCAAUUUGAGGAGGAGGGCUAGGUUUGCAGAGGGUAGCAGGUUCUGUUGUUCACAUCUAUCAUUGGACUGGAGGGGAAUGAAACGUUUUGACUUCUGACUGGCCCUAAAGGAAUCAAAGAUACUCUGUCAGCCCUGGGUCUUCAUCCCCCGUGUGAGUAUAGGGCCAGAAAACUGUUAGUGGCUUAUACUCAUAUUAAAGGUUAAGAACACAUACACCAGUGCAUGUAAACUGUUGGUUUGACAUAUCUGAAGCUUCUCAGGUGCAAACGUCAUCACAGUUAACAGAAGUAAAAACCUGCUUCCUUUUUUUUCCUCUUAUAGGUGUUUUAAACCUGCAGCAGGUGAGAGCUAUGAGUUAAGAUUUGAAAUUUGUAACCAACUAUUCUGUUAAGUCCAGUUGAGUUAUUGAAUAAGAAGAGAAUUCAUGCUGAAUGUGUACUGCAUAAGCAAAGGUCGUUAGAGAAGUUGAGGGGCCCGAACUUUGAAAUGUUGCUGCUUUUGUCAAAUUCCCCCCAUCAUUUUUCAUUUUCUCUUUAUGCUGACCAAAAGCGAUACCAUUAGGUAAAGCAGGUUGUCUCUAGGUUUUGUGAAAAGAAACUGUUUUUCAACCAUCUAUAAAACAAAAGUUUGCAUUAACUGCAAAUGAACUAUUUAUAUUUUAAAAUAAUUUAUUAAAGCCUCAGUGAAGUUAAUAUUUUUAAAACCUUUAACUGUAAUCCUCUUUGGAGGGCAUUUUUAAAUUGAUAGUAUUCAUUCUAGAAAGUGUACGUGCUAGGUCUGAAAAUACUACUGAUUAUCUGUGCAUUUGUAGUCACCUGGAAGUGUGAUCAGAGUAUAAUGAACUGUAAGGCAGAGGCCAUUUGUAAAUGUCAUAUUCCUCAGCCUCACACACUCCAUCUUAAUUGUUUUAUAGUAUGUAAAUACAGAGAAGUCUAUGUAAAAAGUAUUUUAAAAUAUGCAAAAACAUGCAAUGUUAGAUAAACCUGUUACCCUCACUGUUUUUGUUGUUAUGGAGCUCCAAUUUGUAGCAUCAGAAGACUUCUAGUUGAAAGUUAUUUUUAUUUGGUAACUUACAGACAUGAGCAUCCUAAAAAUAUUUAAGUUCAAUGUUGUGGUUCUCACGUAACUCAUUUACAAACCAAUGACAGGUCUCUGGAAAAGCAGAGUACGUGCUAUGAAGGGCAGUGUUUUCUCAAAAGAAGUUGCACCCACUGGCCGCUUGAUCUAAACUGUUCAGAGUGCAGUUUAAAGAGCUACCUGACAUUGGUCAGAUGAUUUUUCACAUCAUCUUAUAGCUUUAAGAAUCUUUAGCAGUUCAGAAACUUCCUUCUUUGAACUCCCAACAUCUAGAAAAAUGAUUCUGAAAGCUUCCCUCUUCUUUUCUCCCAUCCUUCACCAGUAGGUAAGCUGGUUUUCCACAUCUGUUUUGCCUGAGCGGGUUCCAGUGAUGCUGUGCUGUGUUUGUGCAGACUGGAUCCUCACACUUCUGCACUUUGCCAGGAAUCCAGUCCUAAAUGUGUGAAAUACUCUUUAGGAAAUGGAAAUGUACCAGUACCUUUGCAGAAAGCAAGGAGAAUGAGAACUGAAAGUAACAUCUAAGUGUGCGUUUGUUGGCAGAACCCCUGGUGAACUGUCUUGUCUGUAUUGGACAGAUCAUCCCAUUCUUGUGUGUGGGAGUGAAAAAGUUUGUUUCACAAAUUGACUCUUGGUGAUUGCAGGAAACAAUAGAUAGCAAGUUUAGCUGUUACACACAUGGAGAGCUUCUUGUAAAUUUGCAUUUGUCAUGUGGAGAAUAUGCUGUAUGUGUCCAGUUUCCAAUCAGGCAUGUGGUCAUCCUUCUAUUUUAACUAUAUAUAGUUGUCAUGUGUAUGACAAUAAAAGCUUUUUCAGCAGAUGUUAGCACUAGAAUCGGUUGGGAAGUCUUGCUGCUUCCAGCACGCCAUCCUUUCAUUUAAAUGUGUCCUCUUUUCCACUGGGUUGCAAACAGAGUUAGUUAUUUUGAGUUCCUCCUGUGGAACUGUUUCAGUCCAACUUCAAAAAGUAAAUAUGAGCAAUGGGCUCCCAGAUUCUAAUGCUGACAUUAAUUACUUCCUAUAACCUGUAAUAUAGCUGUAGUUGUUUAAUGUUCACAUGUGCUUUAAAACUGCUAUGUUUUUGUUUUUUUUUAAUGUUGUUGGUGCAGAAAGCCCCAGUACAAAUAGCUGCUGUACAGAUAGCUCCCCGAAAGCACUGCAAACCUUACCAUACUGCAGUACAUCCUUCACCCAGAAGAGGGGAUUCUGCAGCUGGGUCUCAUGUCCUGCACAGGAGGACUCUCCCUUGCCCUCCUACUGAUUAAUAUAGGGAAAAAUAAUGACAAAUAAUGAGUUUAUUCUGGCAGUCUUCAUACGGUGUAACCUUGUAUAAAAUGUAGAGAGUGAAUAAUAACAAAAAUUGUCAAGCACUCAAAAGUGGUUGCACAAAGUUGAUUUUGAAGUUUGAUUGCAGCAUACACUCACUUUACAGAAGCUUGGUCAGAUUCUGGUGGCAUCCUUUGCUGUAGGUUCUCAGCCCUCUGAAAUGCAAACAACAAACUGAAGGAGAGCCUCUCUGUGCACGGUUUCCUGCCUGGCUCAAACCUAGUUUGUUUACAUGCGCGUUGAGAGGAAGGUGUAUGUGUGCAUUUUCAUAUGCACAGAGCUUUUUGUCUUAGGUUUUGUUUGACUUCUUGAUUUAUGCAUUUCUCUGCUUUGAGCUUCCUCUUUGAUACUUUAUGCCAGCUAACUUGUCAGCAAAGCACACGGGAAGGGUGUCACACAGCAGCUCACCUUGUCGGCAUGUUCAGUCACCUCAACCACUAAUUAACUCAGACUAAUACCUGGAUAAUAUUAGAAUGGGCACCACAGGUGCAGCGUUUCCAGCCCCCAGACCUAUUUUCACAGUACAGUUUUUGCUCUCUGCUGUUGGGGAUGAAUGUCCACAUUCUCUGCAGGUUCUUGGAACCAGGAGCUGAAGGUUCUUGUUUCAGUUCAGCCAAUUCCUUCUGCCUCUAUGUUACAUGCACUGAUGCUCACAGCUUUUUUUAGUGUAUAUUAUUGUAUAUGACUGGUUAAAACAAACCAACUUAAAGCACUGUACCUUAGCUGUAAACAGCAUAACAGUAUGAAUGUUAUAAUACUUCUUUUUUACUUAGGAACACUUUUUGGAAGAGCAGCACUGCAACCUAGCUAGUUAAUCUAUGGGUAAGAGUAGGACACUUAGGAACCAUCACAUGUUCUAAAUGAAAAUCCUUUUUUGUUCUGUAUCAUACCUAGUAGUACUUGCAGUUUUUUUAAAAAAGAAGCAAGAUUGUACUUAGUUAGGAGUAGACUAGGACAUCCUUAGAUUUAAAAAUAGUAGUAGCAUCACUGAUCCUGUUGAAUGUGAACCACUUACUUAAAAAUGCUCUGAUUUUUGCUCUGAGACACUAUAGCUGCAUCUUGAACACAGGAAAGAAACAACGGAGAGCACUUGUUCAUUUAGCAAUUAGGUGUACUGAGAGAAUUUACAAGUUCUGUAUUGCAGCAUUGUUUAGGCCACAGUUCUAAAAGCACAGCGUGAUCAAAAUUUCUAUAUCUAAGAGUGCUGAAUACCCAGUGCAGGUUCUGGGCAUCUCAGGGAGAGACUUCAGCUGGAGUAAAGCCACAGGCCUCCAUUAAACCUAGUGAUGUUACACUGUAACAUCAGCUUUAGCUGAUGUGCUUUAGCUGAGGAUCUGGCCUUUACUGCUUGAAAGUAUGAAUGUAUUUAAAAUUUUACUUCUCAUUAAUAGUACCUUGUUUACUGUGCUGUAAACUCUUAUUAUUGUAUAACGUUAUUGCACUGCUUUGUUUGCAACUUGUUUGCAGGUUUCAGCAUAAAUCCUUUUCUUCUGAAGGGUUAGUGGGAGCUAAUAUUGUGAGUUUGUUGCAUUCUGAGUCUUUGAAGUUUACAUCCCUCAAAAGCCAUUUUGUCACCUACCAACUGUUGUAAUCCUUAGAGUACCUCCAGCCAUCUUCUCUUUGUAGGGUUUUUAUAGUUAAACAGAACGGGUUUUUAUUUUUGUAGCUUGUAACUUCAACUGUAUACUAGUUAUUCCUAUUUAGUAAUGAGUGAUAAGAAUACUGUACAAAUGUGACUCUGAAAAGCUGUAACUGUAAUAAUAACUACUUGCAAGAAAAUACCAGCAUGUUAAAAGUUUAAAAAAGAAAAGUUAUUCUUUAGCUUGGAAAUACUGUGAUACUGUGACUUGGAAUUUGUAUUGGAUGUGUGUGCAUAUUCUGAAGUUGUUUUAAAUAAGAAAAAAAUAAAACCUGAGCUUAACAUGCCAAUAAUAGCUCAGAAGGGGAAAAUGUAAACAGUUCUUUUCAACCAAGAAAGUAGACAUUUAGGACUGGGUGGGUUUUUUGCUUCUCUUACAGAGCGCUGGAGCGGGAAUGGUCGUGAAACAGUUGUUUCGUUAUGGUGCAGUAUAAGUGUCCAGCCUCAACAAAAGCCAUCUGCACCAUUCCCUCCUGCACUUCCAGAAAACAGAUCUCAGAGCAAAACUGAAUGUUCAUCGCUGUAAACCGCGUGAGAUCUUUCUUAUAGCAUAGUACUGAACCUCCAAUGCGAGUUCUGAAGGCAAGUUGUCACGUGGCUCUCGACAUUGCGAUGUCGUUAAAUGCCAAAUUCUUUUUCCUUUGGUGUUUAAAAGAAGAUGGGUGAAAAAGGACAGGGUGAGGAGGUGGGACUGUGCAGCCCUCACCCCCAGGAGCUGGGCUGUGUCCUUGUAGUGCAGUGCAGGCACACGGUGAGUGUGAUUCUGGAACUUUCCAUAAAGCUCCGCUUCGUUUGCAGUUCUCAUUGGCUUAGUCCAGUAUUUCUGAAGCAGGUGAUGCUGGCAUUGACCUGUGCACUAGUGACAGGUGCACUCUAGUGAUUACAGAAGGGUAAUACGUUUUAUUUGCUUGGGCGAGGUUCUGUCUAUAAAAAGCCACACCUUCAGUGAAGUCACAGUACGCCAUCAGGUCCUGCACCUCGCACUGACAGAAAUGAAACUGAAACCUUUUGUCUGUAGUCAGUUGUAUUGCAGCCUGUUCUGGUGACUCAGGCUCCCCCGAGGCUCUUUGGAGGAAUGUCAGCUCCGUGUUCUUCAUACAACCUUGCAACUGCAGGUUUUCAAAGGACUGACUCUGCUACUGAGUUUCCCAAUACGUUGUUUUGUUGUCUUGUUGUUUGUGCUGUAUUUAUCUGUGGUCUAAAGCGUGUGGAUUAAAGUAUUUAAACUCA